AUGGAUGGGUCUGUGGAGGCUCCCGGGGCGCAAGUGAAUGGCGUGAAGCGACCGUCAAUCGAUGCCCAGCGAUUCCAGCAACGGAAGAAGUUCAAGACCGAGGAGUUGCCUUUGACUGCGGCGCAACACGAAGCUAUUGAGGAUCUCCUUCACAGCUUCAAAAAGAAGGGAGGGUUCGAUCAUAUUCGCAAGAAAAUAUGGUCGGAAUUUCAUGAUGGUGAGGGGAAAGCGGAAUUUACGAGACUUCUCACCGAACUAGCGGAGUCUGAGAUAGAGCGCGAACCUGAUUUACUCUCGAGAGAACAAGGCAAGGCCGCGACGCUGAUUGAAGGCGCUGUCGACCGCAGUGAUAUCUACAAGACCGUGGAGAAGACUUUGGAUGCGCUGGCCGCAAAACACCUUCCGGCUAUUUUUGAGGCAAUUCAGGAGGUUCGUCGGCAAGAAGUCGGCGAUGAGCAGGCCACUCGCGAGGAAAUUGCAGGCAAUAGGACGGACGAGGACUACGCUAUGAUCGUGAAGGCCAAGCGCGACGAGCGUGAGAAGAUCUGGCGGGAGGAGGAACGUAAACGCCAGGAAAUUGAGGAAGAGGAGGCCCGUCGGAAAGAGGAAGAAGACCGAAAAGAGCGCGAAAUCCAACGAAGAAAGGACGACGAAGAACGAGCUAGGAGACGAGAGCGUGACGAACAACGGCGCACGGAGCAGCGGGCCUUGGACGAGCAACGGGAGAAAGAACGCCAAGAGCGGUAUGAAGGACGACGGCGUGAAGAUCGGGAGAGGUACCGGGACUGGGGAUACCGUGACCGAGAUCGCAGCCGAACAAGGGACGGAGAAGUGGACAGAGACCGUGAUAGGUUCAGGGACCGAGAUUUCCGUUACCGUGACCGUAAUCGCGACCGCUCCCCUGGUCAUCGCUCUGAGCGUGGCCUGUCACCUCAACGCAAAGACUCUCAGACCGAGAAAACCCCGGUAUCCAAAGAACCUACACCUCCGCCACACCCGCCAGCUCCAGUGGAUGAGAAGGCGUUAGAAGAGGCAGCCUUGCAGCUCUUGCUUAAGGAAGGUGAAGAGCGAGCAGCGAAAGCCCGUCAGAAGCCAGAAUUUGAUUUCGAAGAAGCCGAAGCGAUUGAAAACGGACUUAAGCCACCACCAACCAAACCCAAGGGCGCUUCAGAGUCGAGGUUCUCCGAUACUCCUACUAAACCAGGUACCCCGGCCGUUGAUGCUGACUAUACCCGCAGACGUGGAUCGACAGUAGCAGACGAUCGAAACCGGAAGCGUGAUAGCAGCGGCAGUCGCCCAAGGAGGAGAAUAUCACGAUUCGACGACCGUGAUGGUCGAUCACGAGAAGCUUCUGUCCGACCUCGGGAUCGAGGCUCGGAUGACAGACCCCCGCUUCACAAUUACCGACAGCCCUAUAGAAGCUGGCGACCUGGUCGCAGUCGGAGCCGGUCUCUCACUCGAACACACGACAGAAACCGCGAGCGUGAUCAAGAUCGAGACCGUGAUCGAACAGAUGGAGACAGAGAUAGGAACAGGGUCCGAGAUCGAGAAAGGCGAUCGGACCGGGACAGGGACCGUGAGCGAGACGAUCGUGUUAGAGAUAAUGACCGCCGUCGAGACCGCAGCCGGGACCAAAGUCGAGAUCGUGAUAGGGCUAGGCCUGACAACGAUAGGUACCGGCGACGAUAUAGCCGCUAUUCUCGCUCGUCCUCAGCGCGUCCAGGCCACCGGGACCGAGAUCGUGACAGGGCACGAGAAAGGGAAGGUGAGCGAGAUAAGUCGAGGGACCGAGAUCGAGAGAGGGAACGAGACCGCUCUAUGAAUAGGGAUAGGUCAAGAGACAGGGAGAGACAUCGAGAUCGUGAUAGGGAGCGGGAGCGGGAGCGAGAAAAUGACCGCGACAAAGAACGCGAUCGUACCCGAGAUAAAGAUGCUCCUUCGGAGCUAGACAGAGAGAGAGACCAUGAGCGUGACCGCGCACGGCCUGCCGAAAGGGACAGAGAACGAGACAGAACCGGUGAUCGAGACCGGACUCGGGACAGGCCUGCAGAAAAGGACAAAGAUCGAGACCAAGACCGCGGUAGAGAGAGGGACAGAGAGAAAGAUCGGAAGCCCUCUACCUCACCACAUCGUCGGCGCUCCCCAAGUAUGCUUGACAUCGACCGCUACGUCCCGGUCACCAGCCACCGCAGCCGAUCUCCUCGCCGACGCCUUCGAUCGCCAGAAAGAACUGAGGAGCGGCCUCGAGGCUUCGUCGACAUAGACCGGUAUAUGCCGGGCGGUGGAGAUCGAGAAAGGGGCCGUGAAGGGCAGGUUCAGAACCAGGCCUCGAAGACGCAAAGCUGGAGGCCUGGCGAUGCAGAUGAGAAGACUGCAAAUAGGGAAUAG